CAAAUUGCACAAAGUGCAGUAUAGACUCCAUUGUAUAUUAAACUACUAGAUCUAGUCAAAGUAAAGCAAGCUCUCUUUGAAUAUGUGCUAUUCGUAAGCCAAUGCAGUCUGUUUCUUCAGCUUUACCUGCAAGGUAAGCUAGACUAGCUUUUCUGAAUUGUAGCCGUUCUCUUCUAUCAUGGACAAGAAUCCUUCCCAGUUAAGGCGACAUUUGAGCUUUCUACGGCUCCAAUUAGAUCAUGUACCAACACAGGAACUAUUAUUGGCUGUUCGACAAUGGAUUGAAGGAUGUACUGAAAUUGUUUGUGAGGAAAAGACGCUUUGGGAAUACUUGAAGGAUGGUACAGUCCUCUGCAGAGCAAUCCAAGCCAUUCAACCUGGCCUUAUUAAGCGAACCAACAAAAUCAAAAGUCCGUUUGCAUACAGGGAGAAUAUUUUGUUCUUUUUGGAAGCUUGUCACAAGCUAGGCUUAAAGGACUGUCACCUGUUUACACCAGAAGAUUUGUGUGAGGACUACCGGAAAACCUCCAGUAAAUCAAAAAGUAACUCUCAGGAGGCAAGGUUAAGAAAGGUAUGUGAGUCACUCUACUACCUUGGGCUCAAGACUAAAGAACUACCAGAUUACACUGGACCAACGCUACUCCCCUUCCCUGGCCAGACUAAAGACAGACGUGUGUGUAAGGGAUUCUCAUCGACCCAGAGCAUACCAUCAUCUGUGUCACAAUCAAGUUACACAAGAAACAAAGCUCCAAGAGCUAUUAGGAAAGUACAGAGUGUUGUUAACCUGAUUACUGGGACGAACGGCUCGAAUCAAGAGUCUUUUGCUGAGGUUUUUUCUUUCUUCAACGGAAGAAAGCAGGGUGACACAUCAGUGUGCUCACAGCAGUCCCUUUCUUCCCUUGAUGAGACAGACCAAUCUACGGCUGCUGAUACGUCUAGCUUUCUACUAAACAAAGCCACAUCCUUACAACACCUACACACUCACACUUCAGGUGGUAAUCCAUCACCAUUAGAUUAUAGAUCAUUUGACUUUCCAUCUUCGCCGAGCGAGGCCUCUACAGUUGUACACGGAGAUCUGGAGCUGUCACAGUCUAGCGAAGGGAGAAUGCCUUCCCAUUCAUUAAAUUGUCAUAGGUUUGAGUCGGUGAGCACAACCGCACACUCUCAGCCACAUUCUACAGAAGAUGAUGUGUUUCUGAGCAACCCAUUCUCACCAGUUCAUCAUCUCAGCAACGCACCAACUCAACCACGAAUUGACCACACCGGUAUUAUCAAUAGUGCCACCAGCAGUCAGGACACUCUAGCUGCCUUCUACGGAUCACCAGAAAGAAAUGCAACGUACGAAUUCAGUCUGACACAAAAAUCUGAAGAUAGCUACCCAAGCUAUAGCUUGGACCGCAGAAAGUACGCUCAACGACUGAAAACUGUGGAAUCAGAGGAGUUCUUUACACAAGAAGUAAACAAAGAUACAUGUGAUAGUGACGAUACAGCCACCUUGGAUACUGUAGCGGCACACAUACCUGUAGUUAAAGACUCAAAUCUUGCUGAAACAGAGCCAGUUGCCAUACCUGUCACCACUCCCAGUGUUCCCCAUCACAGUAUACACAUUGGGGGAGCAGAGUCACCCUCUUCAUUUCAGGAUGCUCCUUCUAAAGAUCCUGGUGUUCGAGAAGUGUCAGUUAGUCUUCUGCCUGGAGAGGAGCGUUUGGGACUAAAUCUGGUCGAGGACUCGGAUGGUACCCUCAGGGUCAAGGCCAUUGGACCUGGCACUGCUGCAUCACGUGUGGACUUGCAAUGUGACGAUGAGCUGCUAUCGGUGAACAGUACACCGCUUACCCACACACCACUCAACACAGCACUUGUUAUCUUGCAAGAGGCCAUGUUGACCGGGAGAUUAAUGCUGUGUAUUCAUCGGAGUGAUAUGGUUGUGGUCAAACAGCGACCCCAACACAAGUUAUUGCGACCCCCUGACCUCUUGGAUAUGUCCAGAGUGACGUCUGAUGCUCUACCCCACUCUCUUAACGCCACUACGAUCCGUGUGGAGAGACAGGGAACACCUGAUUUUAUGAACAGUGUAGUACUAGAGGUGCUGAGCAGUCCUGAUGAACCCAAUGAAAGCAACCGAGAAAUCCAAGUACCUAUUGAGGCCGAGCUCACUGAAACAAAACCUUCUAAACCCAUAACACACAGCAACAAGAAUGUCCGACCACUCAGUGCCCCUACAAAGGCUCUAGCCGCAAGUAUCGGCGUCCCUGCCCACAAGUCCAACACCCUACCCAAUAAGAGUAACUCUCUCUUCAAAGUAGCCAAAGAACGUCAGACAGUUGAGAGGGAAAAAAGAACAGCCAAUAUUCACAGUAAUUCUCAGAUUCUUCUCAAGUAUGCUCAGAAUCGGCAGUCCUCACAUAGCAGCAGUUCAUUGCAGAGAGGCGGUCAAUCCCCAAUGCAACUAGACAAACUAUUCGAAUCAACUAAUAGUCAACAUAAGGUUGCUAGAGGAAGUGUGUCCCCCGAGCUCCUUUGUUCCCAUCACUCUAGUUCCUCCAUUACCAAUGAUGAUUGCAGCUCCGCUUCAACCCCGCUCAACCUGCGUCACAUCAGCAUGGAUGAGACACGUCUUGCUAGUGUCAUACAGAUGGACAACAUUUGGAGACAAGUAGAGAGCGGAGAUGAUUCCCCAGGUCUUAUUGUUCGGCACUCAAACUCAAUACAUUUCGAUGAAGAAGAGGAUGAAUUGUUAUUGACUACUGUAUCUGGGAAAACUGAGCUUUUGCAAGAUUCUAUGGAUAGCAGUUUGUCUCAUCCACAAGCCUCGUUAUCGCAGCUAGCAAUGUCACCGACCUCUGCACCCAUCACAACUCUCUCUACCCCCACAUCCCUCACAAUUUCCACACCCCUCACAAUAUCAACGUCUCUUAUAACCUCUAGCCCCCUCAUCACUUCCAGCCCCCUCACGACUUCCACACCCAUUGCUGCCGCUAUACAACCCCUCAAAACCUCCACACCCCUCGCAGGCCUCUCACUUAUCACCAAAUCAGCACCACUGUUGGACGAUAUCUCAGUAACUGUGGACGAGAUCAGGGAAGAUAAGCAAAGGUCUGCUUCUUUCAACAACAACAAAGACAUUGAUUCUCUCCUGCUUACACUGAAGUCUUUGGCUCCUCAUGAAGAGAACACUGAUGACCUGAGAGUCUUGGAGAGUAUGUUGAAAUCACACAACUUCAAGAGGGCUAAAAAGGUACAUGAUGAGAUGCACCAGUUGCUUUCUAAGAGUGGCAGCAAACCUGUUAUUGGACGCAUUGUACCCACUACACAGAUGCUGAGGCAGUCACUACAUGGCUCAGAGCAUUGUGAAGGAGUGGAAGAACUGAGUACCCUUCUCAGAAAUUCACACGUUCAAGCCGUGCUGUUUUGUCAUGACAAAGUGUCCACACGUGACCUCUAUGUACCAGAAACAACCUUCCACAAAACUGCCCAAGAUCCUGUAGACAUUAUUCUCAGUAGAUCAGUGUGUCAAUUUGACACUGCUCUCCAACCAAACAGCAGUCAGUUGCUGUUCCUGUCUAGAGACGUGCCCAGUGGACGCAAAGAGGGAGCCGUCAUUGUUUUCCUGGAGAGAAGUAACAAGCCUUUGGGUGUAACUAUUUACAAGCAAGAGGACUCAGCUUUCAUUGGCACGUUGAUGAGAGGAUUUGAUGCGGAAGCAAGCAAUGUGUUAAGGGAAGGAGAUGAGUUGCUGGAAGUCAAUGGAAUGCCCAUCUGGGACAAGACUACCGACCACAUUGUUACUCUCAUGUCCCCAGGCAGAACAGAGGUAGGGGACAUUCUCGUGCUCACCAUCAUACCCUUGCAUGACGACAAUGUGGACCUCGAGUAUGAAACUAAAUACAUACGUGCCCACUUCAACUACAAUGGGAGGUUGGAUGAGGAGAUUCCCUGCAAAGCUCUUGGUCUAGCAUUCCAGAAAGGUGACAUUCUAGAAAUCAGCAAUCAGGAUGACCCCAGCUGGUGGCAGGCUCGCAAGGUGUUUGAUGACGGUGCUGAGUCCUUACCGGGACUACUUCCCUCUAGACACUUACAACAACAACGUGAGGCUCUUGUUCGAUCAUAUCCAUUCAGUCAUGCAGGGACUAAAACUAAGAGAGGGCUUGGAUCGAUCUUCUCCAAGAAGAAGAAAAAGAAAGUCUAUUACCAAAACACAUCAACAAGCAAUAGCGUUGGGGUAGGGGACGAGGUACCUACCUAUGAAGAGGUGAUCAGAUUGGAGCCUGGUCAGAGCCCGUACAGACCAAUAGUACUCAUUGGCGCUCCACGAGUGGGCAGAAGAACUCUCAUUCGAGAACUGAUAAACUCUAAUCCAGCCUCCUUCUCUACAGUUGUUUCCCAUACAAGUCGCAACCCGAGAUCUGGUGAGGCGGAGGGACAAGACUACUUCUUUGUCACGAGAGAGGAGUUUGAGAGUGACAUGAAUCGAGACAGAUUCCUGGAGCAUGGAGAGCUCAAGGGGGCAUACUAUGGCACCAGCUUCAUGACCAUCAAGAGAAUCAUGGAGUCCUAUCAAAUACCAAUUCUUGAUGUGCACCCUCAAGCAUUAAAGAAACUUCGAUACUCUGGACUGCAGCCGUAUGUGAUUUUCAUCGCUUCACCCAGAUUAGAACGUUUGCAGCUCACUCGUCAGAUAGUAUCAGAGAAAGUGAAGAAGAACAUAAGUGGUUCAUCGGGUAGACUUGUAGAUGAGGAUUCACUCUACACAGAACAUGAGUUGCGGCAGAUGUUAGAAGAAAGCUUACUAAUUGAGAAUCAAUAUGGGCACUAUUUUGACUGGGUGAUUGUGAACGAUGACUUCCAAGUUGCCAGUGACAUGUUGAAGGAGGUAGUUCGGAGAGUGGGGGAAGAGCCUCAAUGGAUACCAGCACUCUGGAAAUACGAUAGAUACUAGACUUCAUGUACAUAACAAUAUAAAUGGACUGCCAAGAAUAAUUUUUAUUACGAACAUUUUUUAUCCCAUCUUAUCAUUACCAAUUUUUUUAUCACCUCAUAGUUACUUAACUGUGUACAAUCUUCUGUUGUAUAACUAUUAUUUUCAUAAGCA